UGUGGGAUGCUGGGGGUUGGAUGGGGGUUACCGGCAUGACGGGUAGCGGGGCCGGGGGUCCCGGCGGGCGGCGGGGGGUCGUGAGGUGCGAGAAUGCGCCCCGCUGCCGAGGGUCCGGGCGACCAGCCCUGGCUGCGGCUCGUUGGCUGCCCCUGCGGGGCAGAGCUGCCUGCAGGCAUCGGGGGGCCGGGCUGGGCGAUGGCUCCAGCGGCUGCCGCGUCCCCGGGCGCGGGCCUCACCCCCCGCCACCCCGAUCCGUGGGACCCGGCAGAGCUGCUGCCUUCCCCUGCUGCGGCCGCUCUCAGCCCUUGCCCCGCCGCCAGCGCGGCCUCGCAGCUUUUCCCCCUUCCCUGGUGUUAGUUUAGCGCUGGGGUGGGCGUAGGAAUAGGAGGCAGAUGUGCUGCUUUUUGGGCACCGGGAGGAGGCGAUGGGCGCUCCUCCGUGGGAGAGGGACAUGGAGGCGCUGCCGUGGGCGGCCCCGGGAUCCGCUGGCAGGUGUUAAGGACGCCGCCGCGGCGUUGGCCCUGCCGGGUGCCGCAGGAGAAGUGAUGCCCGUGAGGUGGGCGAGCAGCAGGGUGCAGGGCGCUCACCAGACAGUGCAGGAGGGAUGGGGUGGCGGAAGACAGUAGCAUUUACAGCCGGGCAGGGAGGAAGAAGACUUGGAGAUAAAGAACUGAGGAGAGCAGGCUGAGACGAUGGAAGGGCCGCAAGGGCAAAGCUUCAGCUCCUGUUGCCAAAAUCCCCCUCGACCCAUCUGGUGUUAGGGCUCGUGGGGUGCCUGGCUCUGGGGCAGGGCCGAGUGGCAUGCAUUGGCCAUGGCUCCUAUUCCUGGAGCUGUCAUGGAGAUGAGUGAGAAGAGCCAGGCUCCUUCAGGCCGUGCGUGGGUGCAGCAAGCAGAAGCUGAAGAUCGUGACGAGACUCCCAGCACUUUCCCCGCCUUCACUCUCCCUUCAAUCCCCUGGGAACCCCCAUGGAUGGGGGCGUGAGGAGGAGCUUGUGCGGUUGGGGAUGUGGGAUGUGCUGAGCCUGCACAUCACGCUGCUGCUGCCAGCUCCAGUUGUCCCAGUUGUGACUGUUGGGAGCUGCCAUUAACUCAGGUUUGCUUUGUCUUUUUGAGGCACAGCUGAGGAGCCAUUUCACGGCAGCCUUUGCAGGCAUGCUCUCACAGCCACUGUGGCCGCAGGGCCGCAGCUGUGCUGCGAAGAGCUGCUCCCCCGGCUCAGCACCAGUGAAGGAUCGUGUUGGAAACCUCCUGCAGUCUGGCAAUGCUUUCUAGCCUGGGGGCUUGCAGGCUCCAGCUCUGCUCUUGGCCACCUGGGAAGGGAAGUCCUGGCAGUCGAAUGCACAGGAGCGCGUCCCCAUAAUGCCACCAGGCCGAGCUUCAGUGCCUCGUCCUUGGGGAGCCCAGGACUCCCAUCCCACCAGCCUCCACCGGCUGCAUCCUGCCAGCUUGCUGGUCCUGCCUGAUACUGAGAGCUUUCCAGCUUCACGGAUGGGGCAAAGGCUCGUCGUGGCUGCGUUCUGCUGUGCUGGUUGCGUGGAGCGGGCCGUCUCCGUUGGGCUGGGAGCUGUUCAGGGCCUCAGCGCUGGGGAGAAGAUGCGCACAGCAUCCGUCGGUGCUGCCAGGCUGGCAGGAGCAGAGCUGCUGCUACCAAGUCUGCCAACAUCGUCCCUGCUGGAAAGGGGACAGCGAUGAAAAACCACCCCUUGCCAACAUCCUGUGAAACAGCAACUCGGGUUUAUACGGUGGCUUGGCCCCAGGUGGCGACUGGUGGAGGUGGCCAGCAGUGACAUCUUCCCAUUGGAGCUGGGCCAGCGGCCAGCUAGGACUCAGCCUUGCCAUGGGUGAGGCUCUCCAGGCCCUGCUGGGACCCUGACUCCUACCCACCCCAGACCAAAUUCCUGUCCCCAGACCUGCAGUCCUUCCCUGGAGGGAGGUAUGCAUCUCCCCAAAGAGAGAAGCUGGUGGCUGGGGAACAGAUCCCAAGCCCUGUACUGGGAACCCGCCGUGGGGCAUUGCUGCUCAUCUGAUAGCUGGGCUGGGGGGAGGCGUGGAUCUCGGAGCUCCUGCAGAGGUGCCAGGUGACAACCAGGCACCUGCCACAAUUGGCCCCAAGGGUCCCAGGCUUCGAGCAGGCUGGGUGGCUUCCUGGAGCAUCCUGAAACUCCUGUGGCUGUGAAACAGGUGCUAAAAUGCUGCUUUGCUACCUGUGCCGGUUGUCAUUCCCAAUAAGUUCCCAGUAAAUUGGUUUUGGAGCAGAAGGGUGUCUUCCAUCUCAGCUGUACUGCAACGGGGUGCAGCAAGGCUGAACCCUCCCAGCACCGCAGUGUGCUGCCACAGCCCGUCAUGCCAGGCAGCUCUGGACUGAUGUCUGUUGAUGCUGGUCCGGGGAAGGCGCUUGUCCAGCAGCGAUAUGUGGUGACAUUUUAAGCACAAUUUGCAAAGCGAAAUGUCAGCGCAAGCACCUGCAGGAGCUCCCAUCUGGGAAGAAAGCAGGCAGAAGGGUCUCUGCCUCUUUCCACAGGUGCUGGAGGACACACAAGAGAAGGAAACCGUCACCCCUGAGAGAGCAGAAGAGGCGAAACUGAAGGCUAAAUACCCCAACCUAGGCCAGAAGCCUGGAGGCUCCAACUUCCUCAUGAAGAGACUGCAGAAGGGGCAAAAAUACUUCGAUUCUGGUGACUACAACAUGGCCAAGGCAAAGAUGAAGAACAAGCAGUUGCCAAGUGCGGGGCCAGACAAGAACCUGGUGACAGGAGACCACAUCCCCACACCGCAGGACCUCCCGCAGAGAAAAUCCUCCCUUGUAACCAGCAAGCUGGCAGGGUAGCCUGCACUCGCAGGCUAGGUUUUUUCCUGUUUUCUUUUUUCCUUUUGGCUAAAUGGAUUGAACUUCACUGUACCAUAGGGACAGGAGCACCAGAAUCCACAUAGUUAUUUGAGUAUUUGCAGCAAACACACACCAAAACCGAGAAGGCGAGUGAGAGGUGUCAGUAGCCUGGGACGCCCGGGCAGAUUUGAUCAGGCCGUUCCUUUUAGCGAGUCAGUUUGCUGCCUUAAUUUUCCUGCUGUUUGAAACCAUCCUCGCUUGCAGAGCCACUGAAGCGCUGCCUCCUCGCUGGGGGAGUCGAGCAUCUGUGGGAGAAACUGCUCUUUGCUUGGCGCUGGGUAGGAGGGGAGAGCUCAGGGCUGUGGCGCGUGGAUGCUUUUCAGGCAUCAGGUGUCUGCAGAGGAAGAACUGGCUGGGCAAAAUGUGUGAUACGUGAUCUGGAAGUUUAGUUAGGUAUGUAUGUUAGAGCUUCUAAGGGAAGAAAUUAGCUGAUAUGCAAAAAAAUCCAUGUCUGGCUGUCCCCUGGGAUCUGCCCCUGCUUCCACAGAGCAGCUGAGCUCGCAGGAGGGGAUGACACGUCCAGCGGCUGCGAGAGGCGCUGGGCAGUGUUUGAAAUGGUCCUGGUGGCUUGGAGCAGUGACGAGGCGUUUGCUAUUUCGGGGAUAUCCGAGUGCGGCUGUGCUGGAGGGAUGCGGUGUGAGGCUCGCAGCUGCCCCAGAGGGUUUGGGGGCAGCUUCCCUCUCCCUGGUCACUUCUAGCCGGCGAGGCUGUCUGCCUUGGCAACGGGGAGAGAUGGCUCCUCUCCCUGCUGCCAGGUAGGCAGCAAAAGGUGGUGAGCCGAAUCCCGCCGGCAGCUUGGCACAGAGCGGAGUGUGGCCAGGCGGGCAGAGCCCUCUCCGGUCGCAUGCAGCCCCCGCCUGAUGCCCAGACGUUGUCGCUUGCAAAAUGGGGGCUGUCAGCAGCUGGAGAGAUGGACGUGAGCCGUUGGAGCCUGUCUCCGGAGGGAGAGAGGCAGGACUGGGAAUAACCGCCCUGGAAGGAAAAAAAGCACCAGAGACAGAGAGCAUGGAGAUUAGGAAGAGAGGAGCGUAGAGGCAAACCUGUGUUCACAGUGUCAGGCACCCCAAACUUGGAUUUCUUUCUACCUUUUUUUUUCUUCUUGCCUUUUAUUUGUUCCAGGCCUGAAAAAAACCCAAAAAACAAAACAAAAAAAACCCCAAACAAACACACACACACACACCCCCGCCCCCAAACCACAGCUGUGAUGGCUGCAGUAUGCAACAUGAUGCGCGUGCUCGGUGCGUGUACUGUCCGCUCCUCAUGCCGCGGAGGUGAGGCGGCCUCCUGUCCUGUGCAGCGGAGGGGCUCGGCGUGCCAGUGCCGGGGCAGCCCUGAACGGGCCUGGUUUAGGCCUGGUUUUGAAGGCGUGUGGGCGAAAGGAAGUUGAGGGGAUGUCUUUUCUUUUUUCCUUUUUUCUUUUUUUUCCCUUUUUUUCUUUAUUUCAUUUUUUUCUUUAUUUCAUUUUUUCUUUAUUUCCUUUUUUCUUUAUUUCCUUUUUCCCUUUUUCCUCUUUUCACCCUUUUUUCUUUUUUCUCUUUUCUCUUUUCUCUCCUCCUUUUCUUUCCCCCCUUUCCCUUCUUUCCCCCUUUUUUUCCUUUUUCCUUUUUUUUUUAGUUUUUUUCCCUCAUUUUCUUUUUUUCUUCUGUUUUUUUCUUCUUUUCUUUUGGGGAUUCCCAUCAGGUCAGGAGAAGCCAAGGCAGGGAGGCAACUGGCCAUGCUCUGCAUGGGCACAGCUUUCCUUACGUGUGUUCUUGGCUGGCUGACUCGGGCCUUUGCUUUCCUGCUGCUGGCUGGAGCGAGGAAUAUGGUGUUGCUUUCCAGGAGAGUGUUUGCCAGGGGUGUGCUGGAAUGCUUGCGUCUGCCUUCGGGUGGUUCGGAGCAAGCCAGCCACGGCUCCACUCACCAGGGCACCAUGAGCCAGGGGCUCUGUUGCCAGCCCCGUGGCUCCAGAGGAUAGUUUUCUCUUUGUGGAGCGGGCAAGGAGCGUAGCAGGAUUGGGGGCUGCCCGCUUGUAACCAUGGGUCCGUGCUUCGGUCUCUGUCGCCUUUCCCAACCCUGUAUGACCUGGCUGGGGCAGCACUGGCUGUGGCUGUGCAACCUCCUUGGAUGUUCUGCUGUCUGUCCCAGCCAUGUUGUAAAUAGAUAUAAAUCAUAUAUAUAAAAAUAUAUAUAAUUUUUUACAUGUUCA